AUGAAAGUAUGGUGCUUCACCAAGACAAAGCUCCAAGGCCCUUCCUCCUCCUCUCCGAGGACCCUGUAUAAUCUCUCCUCCCCUUGCACCUCCCCAUACUCCUCGUCCUCCAUCAAAGACACACUUCAGCAGGCCAACAACCUCCUGCCAAAGAAUGGCAACAUCUCAAUAUUUAGCAGCCUGAAGAGGAGAGCAAGAAGGCCAGGGAAGAAGAAAGAUGACCGUAGACACACCAUUCAGAAGAUCAUGGGAGAGGAUCCGUCAGAGGAGGCUGAUUUGCCACCUGUACGUGAACCGGUGACAUACGAUACACAUACUUGGCCCCUGAAGGAAAGAAAGAAGCGGAAAAAUGCAAGAAAACCAAAAAGCGAUGGAACUCAACUCUUGGACUACAUAAAAAACCCUUUAGUGAAAGACAUAGAGGCAGAAUGUUCUGGAGAUGUUGGAUCUCCAGUUCACAGCACCUUAGAGGUUGCCACCCAAGGACAUGUGAAGAACCACUGCAGAUUUCUGUCCUUGGGCUCUGUGUUAAGCUUUGACCUGCCCAAAGAUAUGAGCCUUAUCCCUAGCAUUCAAGAUGUCAUCGCAAUUGGCCCUCCUGAGCAAAAGAAGAUAGACUCUCAUCACCUGAACACUCAGAUUGAUCGUCCAACAGCUCUGAGCACCUUUAAAACAGUCCGCUCACGUCCAGUGCAAAAGGAAGAGCCCAAACAAAUUUCUCAAGGUGAAGUAACCCUUAAAAUUGAUUGUAAAGACACCAAAAGGAUCAGCAUUGACACGGUUUCUUUUACUGAAGAUAAAUUUCCUCCUCCACCUUCUCCAUUUGUUGAGGACAUCUCAUUUGAGGAGAAUCAACCCUCAUCAGUCAGUGAUCUGACCAAUAUUCAACAGAAACAUCUAUCUGGGAUCAGUUUAGUGCCCAAAGAAGAGGUGGUUAGUUGGAACGCAAAUGGGACUCAACUUGAGAACAAGGAGAGCCACUAUGUAAGUGUUCCAGAAGAUGCCAUCCAAGGUAUAGCCAACCACAGCUCAAUUACGGGAGAGAUUCAUGUAUGUCCUAGCGUCCAUACCUUGGUUAACAAUCUUCAUGGACACAUGUUCCAUAGGCCAGCGAAGAACUCCAGCACUCAGCAAUUAAGUCCCAGCCAUGCAUCUCAUGUAGUGUUGAACUUCAGAGCCAAUGGAAGAGAGGACUCAGUGGACUCUGGUCAUUCCAGCUCUGGGAGCUUCAAGUUAUGUGCCGAGGGUCCAUACAUAGACUCCUCAGAUUGUCCAGUGCCCAAGAGGACCAUUGGGAAGGUACCAUCCCUGGAUGCAGGAGUGUCCAACAAUAACUUUGAGUUCUCCAAGGACAAUAGCAUUACCUUAUCUUUCGACAUUGAUGAUCCAGUUCAUCCUGACCAUCAACAGUUUGAGCAGGAAGAGGAGGAGCUGGAGGACAUCUGGAACCACACCAACAGCUACCGAGAGAGUCUGAACUCUGACAUCAUGUAUAAUGGCUACCAGGCAACCUCUUCUCUAGACCAGCACCGGGAACCCUCACCCAAAGAACAAGCAGUGCUCUUCAGGAAGUUGGUCACGGCCUCUGCACCCAACCUUCUUGUGGCGGAGAUCAGACUGCCACCAUAUGUCCAGACUAUGGUCGGUUCUGGGAAGCAGCAGAACCCAAGGGAAGAAAGGCAAAUUCUGGAUAAAGGGGACAGAAGGUCUUGGGCUGCGUUCACUCAACAGGAACAGGUUUACAAACAAGUGACUGUUAAUGAAACGGCUUCAGAUAUCUUGAAACUACCUGAAAUACAGGACCAGCAAAAGUAUAUCUACCAUUAUAGAGAGGAGGAGGAGGAGGAAGGGGAGGAGGAGAAGGAAACAGGUUUUCUGAAGGACCAAUCCUUGAGCCUCCUGUCUGUUCAUAAGGGAUUGAAUGGGAGCAAUGAUAAUGAUAUCCAGAGUGGAAGACAAGAACUUGAACUGCCAUCUAUGGAAGGUACACUGGAGAGGAAACACAAACUACAGCUGGGUGGAAAGAAGGCACCAUGCAGGGCGUGGAACUCCUAUCAUGCUGUGCUAUACAAACAAACAAUAUGUUUCUAUCAAGACAGGAAGGAUACACUCAUGAGCUGUGUGACCAGCCUUCCUCUGAAUCUAAUUGGAGCGGUGUGUGAACCAUCGCCAGAGUACACCAAAAAACCCAACUGCUUCUCCUUGAGAUUGCGGGAUGGAUCGGAGUAUCUCCUCAGUGCACCGUCCCGAUUCAUGAUGAAGAAAUGGAUCCUCAGAAUCCAAGCACACACUGCGUCUAUUGAUUCUGUAGUGAACAGAUCAACAUGUCAUGGGUCUUCAGCUUCAGCGACGCUCCCUAGACAUUCUCCUGCUAUCACUGGCUGUCAGUGUGGAGAUAAAUGUCACUGCUUCAUGAGAAAUUAUGUCACCACCACUGUUUUAGCACAGAGUCAGCCCACCUCAGGCCGAACCAAAGAGAUUAUAGUUCACACCAGCGAGGCUCUGCAGAUCCAUCAAAGGCAUCAGGAUCUGUUGCACCCCUCGUUUUCAGAUGCGGGUCAUUGUGAGGAUGAGUUCGACUCUCAUGGCGAGUCUCUGAGACAGAAACCAUCCUCUAUGUCCACUGUUCAGGGCUGGACCAGCGAAAAGAGACGCUCACACUCCUUUACCUCAGCCACAUAUCAGAGGAUCAAGCCUGUAGCGCCUCCUUCAGGCAGAGGCCAGGACAGCAAGCUCCAGCUACUCAGUGACUCUCUUCAUCAGAGAUGGUGAGAUGCCAUCAGUCUGUAAAAGCACAGCGACAGCCUCAUCAAACACCGAUCUGCCCAUGAGGAGCUACAUGAGCCUCCCACGACCCCCCAACAAAUCCGUCUUCAGGAAGUUCUUUGGGAAAAAGGAGUGAUGGACACUUUCUGUGACACUGCAGGUCAAAGACCCUGACUGACACAUGUGCAGGACACAAGUUCAAAACAUUUCUCUUACAUUUAUUUAUGGAUCUGAUGGAGAACCAUUUGUGUAUAGUUUUUUUUGAAUGAGAUCUUGUAUGAUUGUGUUGCUUCAAGAUGUGUAAUGUUCACUCCUACUUCUUCUCACUUCAUCAGCCGUUUUGAU